ACGUCAGUCUCGGGGCAGGUCUUGUCGAUGUAGUCCACUUCCUGGUUCUUUGCCCUGGUUUCGCCUGAUCAGCUGCAUCAGACCUUCUAUCCGACGGAGACACAAUGUCACAUCAAACGGGCAUUCAAGCGGGCAAUGAUGUGAAGGAUGUCUUUGCCAGUGCCAGGGGUGGGGACCAAUAUCGAGCCCUUAAGAUCAUCAUUGAGGAUGAGCAGCUGACUUUGGGCGCCACCAGGAAAGCAUCAAAGAAGUGGGACCAGGAGUAUGAUAGCCUUGUGGUGCCUCUCCUCGAGGAGGACGUACCCUGCUACAUUCUGUACCGACUGGACUCCACUAACAGCCAGGGCUACGAGUGGAUCUUCCUGGCCUGGUCACCAGACAACUCUUCUGUGCGACACAAAAUGUUAUAUGCUGCUACUAGAGCCACACUGAAGAAAGAGUUUGGAGGCGGACACAUCAAGGAUGAGAUAUUCGCCACCACAAAGGAUGAGUUGACUCUGAGUGGAUACAGGAAACAUCUGACCUCGCUGGCUGCUCCCCUACCUCUCACUGCUGCAGAGGAGGAACUGAGGCAGAUUAAACUGAACGAGGUGCAGACAGACAUCGGUGUGGACACCAAAUUUGCGACCCUGCAGGGAGUGGCCUUCCCCAUGCACCAAGACGCUGUUGCAGCACUCGAACGUUACAGGGACAAAAAACACAACUAUGUACAACUGGAAGUCGACUCUGACAAGGAGCUGAUUCGUCUGUCUAGCACUGAGCCAACAGAGUUGAAAGACCUGCCAAGUAGAAUCUCUAAAGUAUCUCCUCGUUUCCACUUCUUCCUCUACAAACAUUCCCACGAAGGCGACUACCUUGAGUCCACAGUCUUCAUUUAUUCCAUGCCUGGGUACAAGUGUAGCAUCCGAGAGAGGAUGCUGUACUCCAGCUGCAAAAACCCCCUGAUUGACAUGGUGGAAAGAAAUCUCCAGAUUGAGAUUGAGAAAAAGUUGGAGAUCGACAACGGGGACGAGCUGACCAGCGAUUUCAUGUACGAGGAGGUGCACCCCAAGCAGCAUGCACACAAGCAGGCCUUCGCCAAGCCCAAAGGCCCUGCAGGGAAGAGGGGAGUCCGCCGCAUUACGCGACCACCCGCAGAGGGAGAGGAGGAAGAUUAAACAGACCUCAGCACCCCGGCCACCGCCUCCACUCCGAGCACGUUCCACAGUGGAACAUUCCUGUGAUGGGGGGGAGGGGGAAUCAUAUUUGUCACGCUUGUUUAAAAGAAUAAGACAACAUUUAAAUUCCCACAAAGUUCACCAGAAAUCCAACUAUGCACGCCAAGGACAACUGAGCAAUGACACACUGCAGAAUCUCCAUUUGUAGCUUGCCAAAUGGAAGCAUAUUGUCUAUGUGAAUACAGUCACCAAAUGAAUUAACAGUGAUGAAAGAGGCUCAAAUAAGUCAAACUUGAGUUUCUCACGUUGUUGCCAGCUCUGAAACUUAAACAAUGUCAGUGCUAAUGUGAACUUGCGCCAAUAUGAAAGGAUUCCCCCAUUUUAAGUUCACAUCCUCCAGUUCUUAACUUGCAUUCCUUAAGUCUGUGUCAAUUAAUGUGUUUGUGUCUAAUGUGUUCAAAUUUGUCUCCUUCUGUUUGCACGUUGAGGUGCUCCAAAGCAGAGAAGAGUAACGAUCCCACUUGUGUCUCUUGAUUGAUUUUAACAGUGCAUUUUAUAUAGGAAAAAUUGACUUCUUUUUUGAUAUAACUGUGGUUUACAUGAGAAAAAUCAUCUGCUGAGAAACUUAUUUUUCUAUGCAAGUGCUGUAAAUGUACAUAUUGUAGCUGUGUGAUGCUCUAUGAUUAAGAAACAGUCUGCUCUGUUCUGGUGAUUGUUUAGUGUCCGUGAGGAUCACAGUGGAAAGAACCGGGGCUUCCAGAAAUAUUACGUCAGUACAUCUCAUAUUUCACUGAAAGGAAGCUACUCACACUUUGCCGCUUCUCAUAGUACAGGGAAGCCAAGCAACCUGAGAGGAAAGGGAAUACUACAAGUACCUUGAUGAAAUGUUGCCACAUCCACUGUUCUACUGAUUAAUAUUAGGCAAACUACUACGCUCACCUCAUGAUUAAAGGGAAAACCCCUUUAGAUUCAUAGUGUCAGUAUGUUAGAAAAAAAUCAUGUUUGGUCUUAUUUGUUUUCUUACAAAUCUUUCUUUUAAAGAAGAAAAUAAAAUAUUUAAAUCAGAAA